UUUACGCAAUUAGGGCCUUUUAAUGAUCAUGUGUUUUAAUUUAUCACAGACUAUAUGAAAAUUUUUUAGUUAUAACUUAUAAAAUUGCAUAAAAAAGGAAAUAAAAUGAUGUCGCGAACGAAAGUCUUGCCUUACUUGAUUGAAAAUCGUUUCCAUGUAUUUGCAAGAAAUAAAGAAUGCCUAAAUUUUAUCAAACUGCAGAGAUAUUCUUACCAUGGGUCAGAAGGAGACAUACAAUACAUUCAAAAUAGUGUAGUACCUACUAUGCAUUUUCAAGAUAGCUUACCCCGUUUGCCUAUACCUGAAUUAGAUAAAACAUGUGAAAGAUACAUUACAGCACUUAUGCCUAUUACACCUUCUGAAAGACUACAAAACACUAUUAAAAUUGUUGAAAAGUUUAAAUGUGAAGAAGGCAAAGAGCUCCAAGAAGAACUGAAAGCAUCUAACUCAAGAAACAAACAUACAAGUUAUAUUUCUGGGCCAUGGUUUGAUAUGUAUUUAAAGUCAAGAUCUCCCCUUGUAUUGAAUUUUAAUCCUUUUUUGGCUUUUAAAGAUGAUCCUAAAAAGGAAUUUAAUACUCAGCUUAUUAAGGCAACAAAUAUGCUUUUAUCAUCUCUUCGUUUCAUGAAAUCAUUAAGAGCAGAAAUUCUAGAGCCUGAAGUUUAUCAUUUAAACCCUGAAAAAAGUGAUACACCUUUUUUCCGGAAAUUAAUGAGGUUAAUGCCAAGAAAAUUUGCUUGGUAUGGUGCCUAUUUAUUUAAAGCAUUUCCUCUUGAUAUGAGCCAAUUUAACAAUUUAUUCAACUCAACUCGUAUACCACGAGUUGGAAAAGAUGAGAUCCAGGUAUUUCCAGAAGCUCGCCAUGUUAUUGUGCUUAGAAAUGGUCAUUUCUAUACAUUUGAUGUGUUGGACGGAGAUGGUAACAUUAUGCCCCCUGCUUAUAUUUUUAGUCUGAUGAGCUACAUUCUGACAGAUUCAUGUCCCCCACCAUCUCAUCCAAUUUCAUACUUAACUACUGAAAAUAGAGACACUUGGGCUGAAGCAAGAAACCAUUUAGAAAAAUUAGGAAAUGCUGAACAGCUAAAGUUAAUCGAUAGUGCAAUAUUUGUUCUUUCGCUUGAUGAUGAAUCUCUACAAGAGGAUUUAGUGAAAUCUGCUCACCAUAUGCUUCAUGGACCUGCUUAUAAUAGGUGGUUUGACAAGAGCUUUACUCUAAUAAUCACUAAAGACGGCAAAGCUGCAAUAAAUUUUGAACAUGCUUGGGGAGAUGGAGUAGCAGUAUUAAGAUACUUCAAUGAAAUUUACUCUGAUUCAAUAAAGAAUCAUUUUGUUCGUCCAAAAACUGUACCUGCUAAUAUUGAUGCUUCUCAUCGAGUACGAAGGUUAGAUUUUGUACUAGAUGAAGCCAUACAAUCCAGUGUGCAAAAUGCCAGAGACAAACUAGCUCAACAAACCAACAAUUUACAAUUUAACAUUCUUCAAUAUAGUCAAAUGAACAGAGAAAGUAUUAAGCAAAAUAAGUUGAGCCCUGAUUCUGUUGCUCAGCUUGGAUUGCAGAUGGCAUACUACAAAAUUAAUGGAAAUUUUGUUGCUACAUAUGAAUCAUGCAGCACAUCUGCUUUUAAGCAUGGAAGAACUGAGACUGUGAGGCCUGUAACUAAGGCUACUAAGCGGUGUGUUGAAGAAUUUCACAAAAGUAAUCCUGCAACUAGUGCUGAAAUGAGGGCUCUUUUGAAAGAGUGUACUAAAGUACAUAAUCAACUCACUAAAGAAGCUGCUAUGGGUCAAGGGUUUGAUAGGCAUUUGUUUGGUUUACGUUACAUGGCUGAAAAACAUAACCACAAGCUACCUGCAUUAUAUCAAGACCCUGUGUACCUGGAAGCAAAUCAUUUUAUUCUUUCAACAUCUACCUUGUUUGGUCCUGCAUUCAGUGGCGGAGGAUUUGCCCCUGUUGUGCCUGAUGGCUUUGGAAUUGGUUAUGGAUUUUUAGAAGACACUAUGGGCUUUCUUGUCAGUUCUUACUCACCAUACAGGAAUGGGGAAGAAUUUGUCAAUGCAUUAAAAGAAAGUUUUGACCAGAUCCAUAAAGUAUUAGAAAAAUCCUAGUCAUAUUUAAAAUCUACUUCUAUUGUAAAUUUUAAAUAUUUUGGUUUUUAUUUUUUGACAUUUUUAACAUGGUACUUUUUUAAUAAAAGACUUUAUAUAUAAAAAUAAUUUUAAACAAAAUUAUUUUAUAAUGUUAUUUAUUUACAUCAAAUGUUUAUGAUUGUAUGUGCUUAUGAUAAU